AAAUCGCUAUCUCGCAACUGCCGUGACACGUAUUUUUCCAAUAUUUUCACACACAAAAAGUUGGUGGCCCACUCACCCAACAAUUACGACAUCAAUCACUGAUUUUUCUUCAUUUAAAAGAAAACGGAAAAUCUAAAAAAAAAAAAAAAAUUACUGUCUAAAAUGGGGAAACCGGAUUCCCCCCCCUUACGAAAACUUUCAGUUUUCCAUUUACGCCAAGAAUCAAGUCUCUAUUAUAAUCGCAACUGCUGCUUCUAACUUUUUCUUUCUUUUUGAAAAAAAUCCGGUAGUCAUACGUUGCGCAGGUACUUCUAAUUACAAUAUGCAUACCACUGGCAAAUUCGAAAAAAACAAACAAAACAAACGGUCAGCUACACAACACACGCUUGCCACGUCGGUUUUAUUAACUUGAAAAGGCGAGCGCACGACUUUUGAAUAAUGGAUGACAAGACGAAGAAGACUAACGUUUUCGUGAGUAGAUAUAUGCACAUUCCCCCCUGUCGUGUGCAGUCGUCUCACCCACAAGUUCUCAUAAUGCCUUGCUGUUAUUCUGGAGAAAUCAUUGUCAACGAUGACGCAUUGGAACGUUGAUCAUCGACCAGCAUGUCGCUCUCCUUGCUCUUUCAUCCGCCGCCAUCGUGGAGAGCAAAAGAGAAAAGAUUCAGCCGAUGUUAUGACGGAGAGAAAGACUGAGAAGAGGAAAUGUCAUCAUAUAUAAAUAUCCGAUGGAUCGAUACGAAAAUGGCUGUGCGCACGCGGGGGACAUCCCUUUUUCUUUUCUCCUUUUCUUUUUCAGUUUUAUAUUCCGAUGACGAUCGAUAAGAUCGAUCAAAAAAGUCUUUUUUUGCUCAUCUCAUCGUCAGAUCUACCUUCUCUAUUUUUUUUUUCUUCUCCAGCUGCCGUUCAAAAUUCAAUCAUGAAACUUUCUCGAAUCGUUCUUGAUUUAUACACAAAAAAAAGGAGGGUAGCCGUAGUCUAGGGAAGAUUGCUUGUUGGAAUUUAAUCAAAAAUAGCUGACGCGUUUUGCAUAUUGAUGUUUAUAAUUUUGAUAUUUACCAUUCGAUAUUGAUCUUAUGCAUACAAAUUUAUCUCAUUUUUCCUAGUGAUUGUAAGAUUUUUUUGCAACUUUUUUAGGUUAUUUUUGAGGUGAGGAUUUUUUUUUUACCCAACAUAAAUAGCUCGGGUGACAUUGAGAUCAAAGACGAGAAAUGAGUGAGGGACCUGCUGUACGAUCUUGCUAUACUCUCUCGAGUAUCAUUCGCAUCCCACACUAUCUCUCCGGCUAAAGAAGAACACCAAAAUCCCGGGAGUUAUGCAUAUAUGUAAGACGGAUCUCAACAAGAGCAAAAUGUUGCGCGAUAUUUGGAUGCAGCUCUCCCCCGUCUCAUCAUCUUUUCGGAUGUACGAACAUAGAACUCACCUACACGUCCGUGUCCAUAUGGAAUAAAAAUACAUAUAAUAACUAUACGGGAUCUAGUGUACAUGGACCACACGCACACACAAGACAUUCCGAACAUGGAUAGAACCAGUUCGUAUUUGCACUCCCGAACACGCAGGACUGCGCGUCCACACCGUUCCGGGGGGGGACAUACCGAGAAUCUUUAGACUCCUCCCUUUUCUUGUCCUUUUUCAAUCAAUAACGCCACACACACACACACUGUGUGUGUGUGUGUAUAUAGGCAGAGUUGGGCCAAACUAAACCGAGCAGAAGCUCUCGUUCGUAGAUCCUCUGUACCGCCGCUUCCUCCCGAUGACGGUUGAUGGCAGCGGUGGUCCUGGUAGAGUGUGUUGUGUGUAGAUCAUAUCUGUUUUGUGUGUGUGUGUGUGUGUGUGAGUAUAGAGAGCAGUGGUAGAUAUAUAUAUAGGUGUAUAUAUGAACAGGCAGUCGCCACAGUCGUACGCGCCACCUCGUGUCGCCAGUAGCUGCUGAACCCGCCGGUCUUCUUCGUCAAAGUGCGGUGCUUUUUUUAUUCGUUCGUGUUUUGUUUUUUUGCCUUUUUCUUCCGGCAAGUGGACAGUUAGCUUGUCAGCACAAAAAAAAAAAGAGGACAAUUUCAGUGAUUAGACAUUUAGUCUCUGUUGUUUUGUAUUUUCUCUGUUGGUUGGUGGGCGUAUUGUCAUCGAUUUCUGUUAUUGUGUUCCAUCAUGGAAUUGGACGUUGUUGCAAUCAUCAAGUGACCAGACCACUAGUCAUUUUCUUUUUAAGAGAAAUUUCAACUGAAUCAUUUCAAGUGACAUCGUAUGCAAACGACAGAAAGGACUUUGCGACGAGCCAAGUCUCUCUCCCUCAAGAGGCAGAGAGAGGAACGAUAUAAACGACACUCAAACUCGCAAAGAUGGAUGAAGAGGCUCAACAACAGCUGACCGCCGAGUUAUCGAACAGCACACCGGGACAACAGCUGGACGGUACGACGACGGGAUCAUCGCCCGUCAACCAGCAACAACGACGCUCAUUGGCUUCCCUUUUAUCCAUCAAACGUGAAACAACUAGGAGACCCAAGACGCCGUCAGUUGUCGUCACAGACGAAACGACUCACCUGUCGGAAUUGACGUCUAUUCCUGCCGGAAGAAUCAGUCUGAGUUUCAAGAACAAGAAUAAAGGGCUGGCUGCUGCCGGCGGUGAUAAUGCGAGUCGUGGUCCAACGACUGCUGUCAAUGGAGGUACUCUAGAGAGCAUCGUAGCUCUCGAGGCAGCAGAGACGACGGCAGCCACGACUGCCACCAGUGACGUCACUACAUCAUUAACAGUACCAGUAGAUGGAGUAGCUACAACGGGUUCGACCGGUUCUUCACCCCCAACGCCGGCCACUACACCUCAAUUGUCAUUCCUACGUCGCUGUUGUCACGAACGCGUGCGCAAAUCGAUAUGGGGUGUCGUGAUCAUGUGUAGCGUGUCUGCAGCUUGGGUGGGCGCCACCCAUCUACUCAAAUCCACUUUCCGCACCGUCCAUCACGUGGCCGCCGUCCUGGUCGUCCAGCACACGGACGACAGCAACGCCAGCGAUGGCAAUCAUUCAACCGUAACGCCGACGGUAGCCGCAACCAGCGCCAUCACUACCCCCAUUUAUUUCGACCUUUAUCAUCACAGUUUCGACGAUUCUGGAGAACAUCAACAAGAGCCAGAGAAACCGCUUGGCGAAGAAUACACGUACGACGCAUCGUUCUUUAGCACCUGGACCAUGACGGCCUGGGCAUCGCUCUUCCUGCCGCUUUACGCUCUCUGUUGCGCCCUCAGUUGUCGAUUCGGACCUCGCCAAUUAGCCGCAGAGCUCAGAGACUCCGUCCUGGCCUUCCGCGACAAGGGAUUCACGUUAGGCACUUUUAUCGGACGUUGUUGCCUGUUUUGUCUGCUAUGGGUCGGCACCAACUGGAUGUACAUGUACGCGUUGAGCGUCCUGGACGCUACCGACGUCAUGGCCCUCUUUGCCACAAACGUCACCUUUGUCUACCUCUUGUCCUGGGUCGUCCUCCACGACCAGUUCGUCGGAUUACGGAUCGUGGCAGUUAUCCUGUGUAACACGGGCAUAGCCCUUCUAGCUUACAUGGACGGUAUAACGCGAUCGCCUACCCUGGGCGGUGUAGUGUUAGCGGCCGCCGCAUCCGCCGGAUCGGCAGUUUACAAAAUAAACGAACGUGUUCCAGGUGUCGUUCAAGAGAAUUUUCGGCGAGGCUACUUACGGCCAGGUGUCUUUUUUCUUCUCGCUGAUUGGUCUCCUCAAUAUCGUCUUGUUAUGGCCGGUCGUCUUGACGUUGCACUUCACCGGACUCGAAGUCAUUACCUGGAAUCGAGUGCCUUGGGUCCCGCUGGCCAUCGCCGGAUCGCUCUCUCUCGCGGCCAACUUGCUGGGCAACUUUGGACCGGCUCUAACGUACGAGGUCUUUAUUCACCUUGGACUCGUGUUGGCCAUUCCCGUGUCUGCAGUGUUGGACGUCAACCUCAACGGGGUCGUGUUCGAAGGCAUGAAACUAGCCGGCACUAUCAUGAUUGUAAACGGCUUUCUCUUGGUGCUCUUGCCUGAAAACUGGCCUGAUUACCUAACCCGCUUACUCAGAUGGGGCAGACACUUAAAUCAUCAUCCAGGAUUGCCGACCACGGCACCUGUCGACCUUAGGACGGGUUACAUCAGUCGUUCUCACUUGCGAUCGCCAUCGGGCAGAGUCAGAUGACUGUCAAAGAUCCAAAGUGGUGGUGGAAGAGCUCUUUCAUCUCCCUGUUUAGCAUUGGAGAGACGAAUGUGCUUUCCAACGGACACGGCCAACGAAAGAGAAACGACGUGAAAUUUUGAAAAUGAAGAGAAAAAUCGUCCAUUUCAUUCAUUACAUGUCAUAUGCAAAUCUCUACGCCCAUCAAGGGCUUGAUGAUUUUUUUUUUUAUUGUGGGUUUGAAUUGAGUGUUACGAAAUUGAACUCGAAUCGAUUAUACGUUCGUCAAUUACGAUCGAUAAAUAUUUGGCCGUUAGAUGGCUGUACCGUCUGGUAAAUCCGUGAUUAGUGUUUCGUUCGACUGUUAGAUGGCAGCCAUGUUCCAAUGUGUAGCAAUAACACGUAAACCAGAAGCCAAAGAAAAGCAAAAAAAAGGAAACAUUGAAAAAAAAUAAUAAUAAUAAAAUUAAAACUUAAAUUAAAACAAAAGAAAAACAAAAGAAAAAAAAAGUUAAAUUUAUCCCUACGUUGAAAACUGUAAAUACAUCGACGUUUUGUCGUUUAAUGUUGUUGCUGUUAACUGUAUGGACUGGAAACGUUUCCGAGGUCAUCCAGGGAAAUCCCCCGAACGAAAGAAAAAAAAAAAAAUUUGAUAAAAAUGAAUUAACCCCAAUUGAAUUUUUAUAAGUAGAACUCCUACUGACGAUUACUGGCGAUUAUCAUUGCCUCUAUUUUUGCGAAAAAUGCAGCACGAUAUUUGAUCAAAUCAAAGACGCCACACACAACAAUUGAAAUAAUUCGAAAUAAUAUGCUGUGCCAAAACAAGAGAAGAAAAAACAAAAAAACGAACGAAAAGAGAAAGACAAGAACUCGAUUUCUUAGUUUUAUCUGAAAUGAAUCAAUUCGAAUUAUGUAAAAGAUGAUUGAAAUACAAUGUAUGCCAAUU